AUCGGCGAGAGAGAAACUGGCCAAUCGCGGUUUAAAACGUCACACUUCCGGUCUGUCUUCCGUGAAUGGCUCACUCGGCUAGCUGGUUUCUCUCAUUCAUUCAGCGUUUUAUGGUAUAAUGCCCUUUAUAAACAACGAAAAAUAAAAAACAACCGCCAUGGCUUCUCGAGCAGGCCCGAGAGCAGCCGGUACGGAUGGCAGUGACUUUCAGCACCGGGAGAGGGUUGCUUCUCACUACCAGAUGAGCGUUGCUCUGAAGUCUGAAAUCCGAAAACUCAACAUUGUCCACGCGCUGAUCUGGGUGCUGAUGGCCGCUCAGGUGACCGUGAGCCAGCUGAGCCUCGUGUCGCACAAGGUCGUGGCCUCUCCAUACCAGUGGGAGUAUCCUUACUUCCUGAGCAUAAUUCCCUUGGUCUUCAGCUUCUUGGCGUUGCCCCGCAACAAAAUCAGCUACCUGGUCAUCUCCAUGAUCAGCGCCGGGCUCUUCUGCGUGGCCCCGCUGGUCUACGGCAGCAUGGAAAUGUUCCCCGUGGCCCAGCAGCUGUAUCGACACGGGAAAGCCUACCGCUUCAUCUUCGGCUUCCCCGCCGUGACGGUCAUGUACCUGGUCAUCGUCAUCGCUGUGCAGGUGCACGCCUGGCAGAUCUACUACAGCAAGAAGCUGCUGGACCAGUGGUUUACCGGCACGCAGGAGAAGAAGAAGAAAUGAGCUGACCUUGAGGACGCUCAGAUCUUACUGCUGAGGCUUUCUUUUGGAAACCCGCCACUGAACUGGUGGAUCAAGACAAACUCUCAAAAAGAGUCUUUUCUAUAUUUAUAUUUGACAGUGGUAACUGGUUAAUUGUUAGCUGAAAAGCAUUCCCUGGACUGCCUGUCACUGCCGCCGUCAUUCUGUACAUUAAUUCUCCAUCAUUCAAAAUGUAAAUCUGAAAAUGUCGUGUGUUUAUGCCUUAUUUUAGAUACAGGUAAACAGACAAGUACCUGGAGGAAUACUGUACUCACAUGUAAGUUAAUGUUCUGCAAACAAAUCCAAAAAGUAAUUGAAAUAUUAAACAGGAUCAUUUCACUUUACGUUGCCAAAGCCAGACUUCAGAACGUGGUUUCAGUAAGUCUUCCGUUUUCAGUUUAUUUGGCUCCUUCACCGUCUCUUUGGUGGUGUUUUGCAACACAGCUUCAUUGCUCUCUGAGGCUGUUGUGUGUACAAACAAACCCUGAAGGACACCACAUGUCCUGUGAGCAGGCUGCUAACUGAGCUAAUUGUUUGCACCGCAGAUCUGUAACGCAUAAAACCUCUGAAAUAAACCUUUAAGAAUCUUCUGAAGGAGACGUUGAUCAUAA